UGUGUUUGAACAGACAAGGUGAAUUCUCCUCUCCUGAUUCAAGCUCAGGCAUGAAGUGGACUCACAUGGAAUCUCUAUAACUUCCCUCUACUGUGAGAACACUUCUACAAUUUUUAUACUAUAUUGCUUUUUUUGUUAAAAUGGAGACUACAAGUGCUCCUUCAAAAUUCUUAGAGCGUGGUCCGGACUAUCUUCGCAGGCAAAUGGAGCUGGAGAAUGAGACUAAAGUUGGGUUGAGUGCGGUGGAGAGGCUUGCUAUGAGUAAACCAAAGUACGUCAAAAGCCAGCAAGUCAUCAGCUCUACCCAGGAACCAGUGAUCUCUAUCGGAUCAGUGUCUGUUAGCAGCAAUGGGUCAUCCCGGAGCUCAAAGGGAAAGCUUGUGAGUAACCUACCACUGACUGUAAGCAGCAGUCCUUUGCAAAGUUUUUCACCGGGACAGGUACGAAGAUCCAGUUCAAAAAAUCGUCCCGAUUCUCUGCUCCUUUACAGACAGAAAUGUGAUUUAUUAAAAGCUUCAGCCAGUGACCGAAAGCAUCAAAUUUUAAGGAAAUUACAGAGCAAAAGUGUGCAAGAGUCUGACAAGGAGCAAAUUCCCACACCUGAGGGCAUGAGACAGGAAUGCAUGGUGAAUGUAGUAGCCCCGCCAGAUAAACAGAAUGGUGUUGUUAUGAAAAGAAAUAAAGAAAAUUCAAGUUUACUUGCUGUUCCUAAUGAUACAGAAGAAUUCAGAAGAUCUGGUAAAGGAGUUAGUCGCUCUCAUUCUGACAUCAGCUCAAGAUACUCUAAAAACUUUGCGGAUUUUGAUGCCUUUUUUAAAUACUGCGGACUGGGAGGUGAUGUUAUUGAGAUGGUGGGAAAGAAGAAUUUUUCAGUACAUUCAGAAGAGCUGGAGGAGCACGUUAGAAGUGUGAGCGUGUCCAACUCGGAUGAUGGUUUCUCCAGGAGCAGUGGACACAGCGACGGUCUACAGGAGGACGAGGUGCUAGAGAAGAUACGGCAGCAGACAUCUGUCAUUGAGAGAAAUGCAAGGAUAAUUAAAUGGUUGUAUAGCUGCAGGAAUGCAACAGAGACUGGGAAGAAGCUACGAGACCUGGCAUAAUGUUUAAUAGGAAUAUACUAUACUAUACAGGAUAGGGAAGGAAGUGUACAGUUUUGGUCUUGGCUUUUAAAACAUCAUACUGAUCAUGCUGUUAUAUUAUAUUUAAUUGUAGAUUCAAUCAAGUUUUAUUUCAGACUCAAUGGGGUACAUAAGGAUAUUUAAAAGGAGGACAUUUAAAAACAGACAAAAGACAAACAACAAAUUCUUCUUAUACAUAGUCAUUAUGCAAUAAACUGACCACCUCCUACUUUUUUGGGUAAAAGUUGAACAGGAAAUGCAAUGACAAGUAGUACACUUAAGUAAUGCUCAAAUUACAAUUUAAGGCCAUAGUUUAGUUUAAUAAGGUUUAAUAAUGUGCUGACUGACAAAUGUGCUGACUGUUUUUGUUUUCUGUGUGCUUGCUUCCUUCUUUGUAGUCUACUUUCACACUGCCUGUGUAUUAUCUGUUUCCUUGAACUAGGCGCUUAAUCAAAGCUCAAUCAUUGCAACCUGAGCCUAAGAAGUAUAAGAGAGUAUUGUUGACUGAAUGUUAUAGAUGCACAACCUGUUUGUGUUGUUUCCACAAACAAUUGUGCAUUCAAACCUAUUUUCUGCUUUGAUAAAUAAAAUUAAAAAAGGCACUCCUUUAAAGCUGCACUGAUGGGACAAAACAAGACAGGUCCAGACGUGCACUUAAUUCUUCAUAAGAAGGCAACGAGGGCAUCUACAUUACAUUUAGCCCUUCUUACCUCCUGGGAUGUUAUUAUGAUACUAUCAGUUUGUGAGUCAAGUGGGUGUCUAGGAAGCUCUUAUUUCUUACUUAGUCAUGUUUUACUCAUAUUUAUGGCCCCACUAUUUCUAUUAAGUAAAUCUAUCAACAAACUCGCACAACAUUAAGACAGAAUGAAGAUAUUUUUGGAAAAGCUACUCUAUUGCAUUACAUCAAUUACAGAAUCUGUAUUUUUUUGUCAAAUGUUUUUUGUAUAUUGUUUGUUAUGAACUCAAUUUGUCUGUUACUCAACCGUUGUUUUAUACUGAAGUGAAUACUCUCACAGAUGCUUUGAAUGGAUUGAAUUGAUGUUACACAAAAAAAUCAAUGAUAUUUAAGUCCACAAGAUUCUAGUCAGUAGUUUGUCAACUCCCUCAUAAACUGUAUCUACUGUUCACCUGGAGGGGGCAGUAUAAGCAAUAUGCAGUACUACGUAAGUCAAUACUACGAUAAUACCAGAGGCCUCAGACAAACCUUAAUGGCAUUAACCUGUGGUAUUUAGUUCUAAUAUAUUCUUGUCUGCCUGUCAAUGGAGGAAAUUAUGAAGAAUAAACAAUGGGACAUUUACAAUUGCCUAUGUUUAAAGCCUGUUUAAAAUGAGUUUCAGGGUGUACCUUUGCAUCCUAAAACUAUGAAACUUUUACAGUGGAUGGUCCGCCAUCUCCAUGGAGAUGUUAUCUCUUUGUUUGUAAUGUUCCACAGUAUGGCAUUCAACUUCUAUCUUUCCACGGAGGCAACAGGUGACACCAUGAGGCCAAGUUUAGUGGCGGCUGGUGGACUUUCAGUAGGGGAAGGUGUAUUC